UGGAUCUCUCCGACCAAUCCAAUAUGGCGCCGUAGGGACGUUGUUAUUGUUCCGUUGCUUCUUCAAGCUCUUGCAGCACGACGAAAACUACGCAGAAAAACGGCCGAGUGAGUUCAUGCGGGCAUGAGAGGAACAUCUGGGGAUAAUGCUGAGAUCCACCGGCUUCUUCCGAGGGAUUGACUGCCCGUUUUACGCGGAAUACAGCGAGGGCAAAGGCAGCAGAAAUGGGUGUAACAGACCGUACUGUCACUUCAGGCACAGCCAGCAGAGACGGGCUUCCUACGGAGCACCGGCUGAUGUUAAAAAGCAAAGAGACCUUCAAACCGGACAGAAAGAACAAGGCUAUGAUCCCUUUAACCCGGAAGUCGUGAGACCCCAGGAGCAGCAGAAUGGAAAACCUGCCUCAGGAGACCUCAGCGGUGCUCUGGAGCUGGUCAACAAGGCCAUCGAGGAGGUCCGCGGCGAGGUGGAGAGGGAAAAGAGGAAGCUCUCCCGGAUCGGGGAUGAACCUUACGAUCCCAGCGAGAGUUCAAAGUUGUCCUUGUGUGAUGCUGUUAGAAGUAAAACACCGCCUUCACACAUGGCUUAUGACCCUGGGAGUUAUCAGAUGACAUCAGGAGGUUAUAAUCCCACCCCUGGCUGCAGCAAGUACACCUUGGAUUCAGACAACAAGGGGAACAAUACUAACUCCAUGGAAUAUGUUCCCACUUCAGUGAAAAAGCCUCCAUCUCGGACAAACACGCACCAACUCCCCUCUCCUCCCCCUAGUCCAAAGUACUCAAACAGCACUUCCUCUAAGUGUAAAUACACUGUGGACAAUUCAAAACCAUCCACAGAUAUGGAGUAUGACCCAUUGUCCAACUAUUCGGCAGGAAUCGCAGUGAAAAGCAAGCGGGACCGUGGUGCACAAGCUGUUAAGGUGGUGGGGAGUAAGACACACAAACUGCCAGGAUCAGAUAUGUCAGAUGAGGAGUGUGUUGUAGCUGUGAAAAAACCACAACAGAGCGUAGACUCAAAAAAGUACACUUUCUCUGACUCUGAGGAGGAGAGCUCUGGAACAGAGUAUCGACCCACCUCGCUUAGCAAUCUCCAGCAGAGAAAAGGCAACAGUGGGUCACUUUGGGAUGCUGUGGGGAAGGAGAGAAAAGAGAGAGCAGAAAGUGUGCUAACUGCACUGACACAGAGGAAUAAAGAGGACUCGGCAGGGGACUCAGACAUUCAUGAAGAUAUUAAACAAAAAGACAGUUUACAGAAAAAGAAGGUGGUUACCAGUCAAACCAGUCAUGAGAAAAGUAGCAAAUCUGAGAAAGUACAUAAACUUGAAAAAGACACAAAUAAAACAUCUAGUGGUAAGAGUAGUAGCAGCAGCAGCAGCAGCAGUAAAGACAAAGGGUCAAUAAAGAACUCAAACCAGGACUCUGCAAAGAAGGAGAACAAGAGUCAUGGGAAGAAGGACGAUAGGAAAAACACAGUUAAGAUCAGGGCACCUGAUAAAGUUCAGAGGGAAGUCAGAGAUGAAAAGAGAAGUGAUGGUAAGAUCAAAGCUGGGGAAAAAGUAAAAACUGACUCAAGCAAGCGACAUAAAGAUACAGAAAAUGGUGCGAGGGAAAGCAAGAAACCCAAGAUAGUAGACAAAGAAAAGGAACACAGCAAGUAUAAAGACCGCCAACACAAAAAUGGUAAACUUGAUAGCAGUAAAAGAGAAAAGGAUGUAAAGAAAAUCAGUAAAAACAGUUCUAGUGGUGGGAGCAGCAAGAGUAACAGUAAAGGGAGUUCUGCAAACAGCAAAGAUAAGGUGAAGCAGAACAUCAGCUCAUCUAAUGGGAAAAAACUUGUUGACAAACGGCGAAGUCAGAGUUUGAGCCACGCUGAUCUGUUUGGAGAUGAGAGCCCAGAUGAGGCUGAGCCAAUCGUGGUGGAUUCUGAUGAUGAUGAUGAACCUGAAGAAGUGCUGGUGAGAAAAUCUGCGGACGCUUUAAAGCGAGGACGUCUGAACAAAAGGAAAGCGUCAGAGCUGACUCCGUCUUCCUCUGACGACGAGGGUGACCGCAGGGCCGGUAACGACGAGGUCGUCGAUGUUGGAAUAGACCUCUCCGGUUUCCAGGAUGAUCUGGACUUUGACUCUGAUCCCAUGGAGGAAUGUUUGCGGAUCUUCAAUGAAUCCAAGGAUGUGAAGACGGAGGACAAGGGAAGACAAGCUAAACAGCCCCGUAAGGAUUCAGAGGAGGAGAAAGGCACAGAGAGCACUUUAACUACUCUCUUUCCCGGUCAGAAGAAGAGAGUUUCCCAUUUUGUUGCCAAAGGAAGUACUGAAGCACCUUCUCCGACUGUGGUGCGGCCUUACAAAAGACUCUCUGCCCAGGAGGUCUGCUACCAGCGUAUGCAGUUGGCGCAGCAGCAAGCUGCUCAGCUCUCUGCUUCAGUCAGAACUGCCUCACAGAGCUCCAGCCCUGGUUUUUCUGGAGAGAAGAAGAGAAUAGCGCACCGUCCCAACCCACAGACAACAUCCUCCAAAACAAAUGUUAAACCAGAUGCCAGUCAAGCGUUACAUACCAGCCAGACCCAUCAGACUAUCAAAGCCCAAACCACAGCUGGCAUCUUGCCCAAAACCAUGUCCACUGUCACGCAGAAGAGAGUGGCACACACACCAACCAUGAAGAGCAGUUCAAUGAAGCGCCCUGUCAUCCCCAUUGAGUUUGGGGCCAAAGUUCCCAACAACAUCCGCCAGCGCUACCUCAAUGCUUUUGUAGACGAAUGUCUUAAAUUUUGCCCAUCACAGGAUGUCGCCUUCCAGAUGGCCCUUGACGAGGAGAAGCAAGUGUAUGAUCGCAGCAGCAGUAAGAACAUUUACCUCAAUGUAGCUGUCAACACUCUGAAGAAGCUCCGCGGCAAGAGCAGCUCCUGUCCAUCGCCUGUCACCAGGGAGCCAGGCUCAGUUGCCAAUAGGAAGGCCCAGUCCCAUGAGGAGGUUCUGGGAGGUCGUCUUGCUGCUACAACCAGCUUUACUAUCAACAGGACGGGCAAACAGCAAGAGGAGAAACUCACCGGAGCCACAUUGUACAGGAAGCUGAAGGCGUACCUGAUGACAGAGGAGCAGCUCCAGGAACACGGAUACCCAAGAAUGAACCCCGAGGCUCCUGGCAAAGCCAUGUUGUUCAACCUCCCAGAGAAAAAGGCCGUCACAGACCCGUUCACCAAGAUAUGCUGUCGAUGUGGAACAGAGUAUAAAGUCAAUGUCAAUGGCAGCUGUAUACGGAAGGAGGAAUGUAGCUUCCACUGGGGACGAUUGCGCAGAUAUAAAUUGGCUGGAGGCUGGGAAACCAACUACAGCUGCUGUGCUGCAGCUGUCGGCACUCCAGGAUGCCAAGUUUCAAAGCAACAUGUUCAGGAUGGGCGUAAAGAGACAUUCGAUGGCUAUGUGUCAACAUUCAGUAAAGCUUUACCACCAGACGGCAAUGGAGGGGUGUUUGCUUUGGACUGUGAGAUGUGUUACACAAAGCAGGGCCUGGAGCUGACGAGGGUGACAGUCAUCGACUCGGAGCUGAAGGUCAUCUACGAUACAUUUGUCAAACCUGAAAGCAAAGUGGUCGAUUACAACACGAGAUUUUCGGGUGUGACGGAGGAGGACUUGGAGAGCACCACCAUCACUCUGAGAGAUGUUCAGGCCGUGCUGCUCAGUAUGUUCAGUGCUGAAUCCAUCCUAAUAGGACACAGUCUGGAGAGCGACCUGCUCGCUCUGAAGCUAAUCCAUAGUUCAGUUGUAGACACGGCCAUCGUGUUCCCUCACCGCCUUGGCCUACCCUACAAACGUGCCUUGAGGAACCUGAUGGCCGACCAUCUCAAACGCAUCAUCCAGGACAAUGUGGAGGGCCACGACUCGAGCGAGGACGCAUCUGCCUGCAUGGAGCUGAUGUUCUGGAAAAUCAAGGAGGAUGCAAAAGUCAAAAGAUGACCUCUGACCCCUCUGCUCUACUUUCCUUCAGUUCAACUUCUGCCUUCAAGGUGGUGUUAGGAAGACAGAGAAGCUCAGGAGGCCUGCACCUGCUCUCAGAGAGCUAAGGUCAGAGUGACGGAGGUUUGUUGCUGCUGCUGCCCAGUGUACUGAUUAGGAGAACUGCCAGUCCCUUCAAAGCAAUAGGAGCCCAGUGUUUUCAUUUGCUUAUUGGUAUUUCAGUUCUAAAUAAAAUUAACAAUAAUGUUAGUUAAAAAUGUAUUUCUGUUUAUUUUGAGGCAUGUCUCUUUUAAGGCCUCAAACCAUUUAUGAAAAAAAACCCUUUCUACAAAAGAACAACUUAAAAUGCCGGAGCAUUGUCCGCUGAACGAUGAUGAUUAAUAUGAUAUUCAUGUCAGGCUGAGUCUUCAGCCUAAAUUGCACUAUAGAAAUGCUCUUGUUGUAUAGGGCCCAAGUCUGAGUACCUCAUCUGUGUUAUAAAAGCAUUCACUUCUAAUGAAUAACACGUUGCCUGUUCUUAGUUACACUUAAGUGCAUUGAUGUCUUAGUCUGUCGAACAUUGCUAUGUAAAUGCACUUGUGUUUUCACAUCGCACCUCCUGUUUAUGGAGUUUAUUUUGUUGGUUGGCUCUCAAACCUGAUUAAUCCUAUAAUACUUGAUAAUAUAAAAGACCCUCAGCAGACAUGUAAAGUCUCUGCUUACUACCUAUCUGCUAUAGUCGAUGGACUAUAUCAUUGUAUGUUAUAGCUCAGACAGAAUAGUGAUACUAUAUCCACCAGUGUCUCUAUGUCAUGUGCACUGCAUGAAAAGCACCACAGGAAUCAUUGUGACUGCAGGUAUGAGACGUUAUUCCUUCAUAACGACAAAAUUAGGUCCAGUAUUGUAGGAUUAUAGUCUGGUAAGACCAUCCUGAUGACAUGAGCUCAACUCUAUCUGUCUGGACUGUGGACCAAACACUUUCCAGGAAUUAAAAUCCAACUGGGGCCAAUCAGGAAUAUGUACCAUAGUUGAUGAAGUAAGCAGCCAAUCAGGGGCUGUGUUGUAGUAGAUGACGUAACAUACAGGUCGCAGUUUGCAGAACUGUAAUGGCUCCCGAAGCAACAAGCACUAUCUCUAAUGUUAGUGGAGUAAACACAGCAACAAGUGAAGUUAUUACAGAAAUAGAGUCAAAACAGAGGAAAAGACAUUUUCACUGUGCGUUAGACUGGAUUAGGGAAAAGCUUGAUUUAUCAACUGGCUACGUUGGUGAUGAAGAAGAUGUUCCCCAGUGAUUUGUUACACUGAUUGGUUGAAAGAACUUGUCUGUCAAGGCGAGAACUCCCGCCCACCGACAGUGUUUGGGGCGACACAGAUUCCAGUCUGAUACAGAGAGCGAAACAGAAUGCUGAGCUCACAUCAUCAGGACGGUCUUGCCAGGCUAGUUGCAUUAGGCCGGGGUUAUUAAUCACAGACACUUAGUCAUCAUUUAGUGAGCGCCAGCUAACCUGUGCUGUUUUAUGUUCAAAAUGACUGAAAAGAUACUCGAGUGCUGUAAAUAUACUACGUUUCCUUUUGUAUUUGUUCAUUUUUUUUUGGUUGUUUAUCUUUUUCUAUUAAAAGGU